CGUAAGUGCAAUAACUUCCGGCGGAAAAAGAAGCCGGUUCCGAGUUUUGGCCGACCGGUAGCGAGGAGUCUGUUCCGACGCCUCUAUGAAGUUUGCUGAUCAGAGAAGGCCCACUUGUUCAGUGGAUGAUGGCAUUUGGGCAGAUACCAAAAAAGGAUUGGUACAGCAUUCUGGGGGCAAACCCGUCUGCAAGUAUGGCUGACCUAAAACAAAAGUAUCAAAAACUCAUAUUAAUGUAUCAUCCAGACAAACAAAGUGCAGAUGUGCCUGCAGGAACGGUGGAGGAAUGUAUACAGAAGUUCAUCGAAAUUGAUCAGGCAUGGAAAAUUCUAGGGAAUGAAGAGACAAAGAAAGAGUAUGACCUGCAGCGGCAUGAAGAUGAUCUAAGAAAUAUGGGACCAGUAGAUGCUCAAGUAUAUCUUGAAGAAAUGUCUUGGAACAAAGAUGAUCACUCUUACUCUCUGAGUUGCCGUUGUGGUGGAAAAUACAGUGUUUCCAAGGAUGAAGCCGAAGAAGUUACCCUGAUUUCUUGUGAUACAUGUUCAUUAAUUAUAGAACUCCUCCAUUGUAGCUGAAAUUGUUCACUAAAUGGAUUCCCUUAACUGUAUAUUCAGACAUGUUGAGGAAAGUCCAUUCCAACUUUAUACAUUCAAGCAACUGUCUAAAGUUGACAAAAAAGGAA